CUUGUGGAAUACACGAAGCGAGGCAGAGUUGGCGUGGAGAGGUUUUCGCUGCCGGCUUCCCUCAUGGCUUUUGCGCCCAUGGGGCCGGACGCUUCAUUCUUUGAGGUUUUGGAGCGGCAUAGGGCUUCCCUGUUGGCCACACAAAAGAGAGAUAGUGGGGAGCCCCCAGACCGCUUGGCCUCCAGUUCUGAGGUCUGUGCAGCUAUAGAAAAUGUUAUCCAAGGCAUCGUCGCCAGCCUGGCGAGCAAAGAAGCACCUGCGUUCACAAUAGAAGACAGAUCGAGCUGGAAAAAUAUGAAGAUUGACGACUCGGCGGGCCUCCAGAUGGCACCUCACUGCACCAUGAGGAAGAUCAAAAGUGACUCAUUAACAUCAGUUCAGAAAUUUGCUCUAAUUCUUAAGGUUCUGUCCAUGAUUUAUAAAUUAGCACAGAGCAACACUUACGCAACCAAAAGAGACAUCUAUUACACUGACAGCAAACUCUUCGGCAGUCAGACUGUCGUGGACAGUAUCAUCAAUGACAUCUCUUGUAUGUUGAAAGUGCCCAGGAGGAGUCUUCAUAUAUUGUCUACAUCGAAAGGGUUAAUUGCCGGCGAUCUCAGCUAUGUGGAGGAAGACGGCACCAAAGUGCACUGCACCUGCGGGGCCACGGUUGCUGCUGUGCCAUCUAAUAUUCAAGGAAUUCAAAAUUUAAUUACAGAUGCAAGAUUUCUAUUAAUUGUAGAAAAGGAUGCAACAUUUCAGCGACUCCUGGAUGACAACUUUUGCAGCAGGAUGUCCCCAUGCAUCAUGGUCACGGGAAAGGGAGUGCCUGACCUGAACACCAGACUGCUGGUCAAGAAACUGUGGGACACAUUCCACAUGCCCAUGUUCACGCUCGUGGACGCCGACCCCUACGGCAUAGAAAUAAUGUGUAUCUACAAGUAUGGCUCUUUGACCAUGUCUUUUGAAGCACAUCAUCUCACAGUUCCAGCUAUCCGGUGGCUUGGUCUCCUGCCUUCCGACAUUAAAAGAUUAAAUCUACCCAAAGACAGUUUGAUUCCACUGACAAAGCAGGAUCUCAUAAAACUGGACAGUGUGCGCAGGAGACCUUACAUGAGCUGCCAGCCGUCCUGGAGGGAAGAGAUGCAGAUAAUGGCAGACUCCAACAUGAAGGCGGAAAUCCAAGCCUUGGCCUGCCUGUCGGCCGACUACCUCUCCAGAGUGUAUUUACCCAACAAAUUAAGAUUUGGAGGAUGGAUAUAAAAUGCAUCCUAAGGACGGGUGAGGCCCAGAGGCUCUUCCUGUAGUUUUGCUCUCACUGAGAAACACUGUUGUGAAGAAAGCUUCAUUCCUUGAAAG